UAUUUUUCCUUACCUUAUUUCAAUAUAAUUUCAUUUCCUCUAUAUUACAAGGCAUUGCCAAGGUUUUUUUUUCCUUCUCCAACUCCUUAAUUUCUGGGGACAUGAGAAUCUGAAGGAGGGAACCAGCCUGGAAGAAAGCUGCCUGAAUAUAAUAUAUAUUGAUCCAUAAAUAUAUAAUACAUCCUUCCUCAAACUGCGGGAGAAGGACUGCAGGCUCUGACUUCAGAAGGCUGAUGACCAUGUUGCUGGUGCAGGUGUGUGUGCUGCUGGUUCUGGGGGGGCAGGCGCUGGGGGGAGGGUACCCCCCCAUGCCCCAGAUGAAGUACAUACAGCCCAUGAUGAAGGGGCCGGUGGGGCCUCCCUUCAGGGAGGGCAAGGGCCAGUACUUGGAUCUCCCGCCUAUGGUAGAAGUGAAAGGAGAGCCCGGCCCACAAGGAAAGCCUGGUCCACGGGGCCCACCAGGGCCCCCAGGUCUCCCAGGGAAACCAGGGCUGGGGAAAACAGGACUGAAUGGCCAGCCGGGCCCCCAGGGGCCUCCGGGAUUCUCAGGAAUUGGGAAGCCGGGUCUGCCUGGCCUGCCUGGGAAGCUGGGGCCGAAGGGCAUGCCGGGAGUGAAGGGUGAGGUUGGCCUUCGGGGUGAGCCCGGACCAAGGGGGUUACCGGGCCAACCUGGGCUCCCAGGACCCGCUGGCUUGUCUCUGAACGGCAAGCCCGGACUUCCUGGAGUCAGAGGGCCCCCCGGGUCCCGAGGGGAGCCUGGACAGAAAGGAGGUCCUGGCGCUCCUGGAGAGCGUGGGCUAAAGGGGGAGAAUGGCAAUGGGAAGCCAGGGCUGCCAGGUCCCAGGGGCCCCAAUGGCCCCCGUGGGAUUCCUGGGCCACCGGGCCCGCAAGGUGUUGGGAAACCAGGCCUGAACGGACUGCCUGGGACAGGUGGGCCAAAAGGUGAUCAAGGGGUUCCAGGAUUACAAGGUCUACCAGGAGAUAUUGGUCCCUCGGGGCCACAGGGCCAGCCGGGGCCUACCGGGCUCGGGAAGCCUGGUUUGGAUGGCUUGCCAGGGGCACCGGGUCCUAACGGACCAAAAGGAGAGCCUGGAUUAAGAGGAGCUCCAGGGUUUCCUGGGACCCCGGGCUAUGGAAAGCCUGGCUUGAUCGGGCAGAAAGGAGAUCGCGGCCCAGCAGGUGUCCCCGGGGCCCCAGGGGAAAAGGGAGUGCCUGGAAUAGAUGGGCAGCCAGGUGACGCCGGUUUGAAUGGGCAACCAGGGCCGCCAGGGAUCCCAGGCCCCAUGGGGCUACCUGGAAAGUACGGGAUACCUGGCCUGAAAGGAGAGGAGGGUCCUGUGGGGCCCCCAGGUGUGCCAGGAAUCAGGGGAGAUCAGGGCCCGAGUGGAUUGGCAGGAAAGCCUGGUAUCCCGGGGGAGAGGGGUGCACCUGGUCCCAAUGGGGUCAUAGGAAAGCCAGGCCCUAAAGGGGAACCUGGGCACAUAGGUUUGCCAGGGAACCCAGGGCUAGUUGGUGCACCGGGACCAAAAGGAGAGUCUGGUUUCUCUGGGGCUCCAGGGCCUCGGGGCCAGUCAGGAAUCCCCGGCAUACAGGGGCCCUCAGGUCCCAUGGGGCCACAGGGUAUUCCUGGCCUGAAGGGGGAGCCAGGCCUGCCGGGGCUACCAGGGGUGGGGAAGAAUGGUGAUCACGGGGUGCCAGGGCCACAGGGGCCCCCAGGAAAACCGGGCCCUGCUGGUCACAACGGUGUUCCGGGUCCCCCAGGUCCACCUGGGCCCCCCGGCCCACCGGGCGCCAUCAUCAACGGGGAGACGCGAGUGGCCGGGCCACAGGAAUCCAACCUGGGAGGGGAGUCCGUCCCGGACGGGAAGAACGGGAAGCCGCAGUUUGGGCGAGGGGAGCUCUCUGCCGCCAUGGCUCCGGCUUUCACCGCCAUCCUCACCACGCCCUUCCCUCCGUCCGGCGUCCCCAUCAAGUUCGACAGGACCUUGUACAAUGGGCAGAACGCCUACAAUCCCGCCACCGGAGUUUUCACCAGCCCCCUGUCCGGCGUCUACUACUUUGCCUACCACGUGCACGUAAAGGGAACCAGCCUGUGGGUGGCGCUCUACAAGAACAAUGUGCCGGCCACGUACACCUACGACGAGUACAAGAAGGGCUACAUGGACCAGGCGUCAGGAAGCGCAGUGCUGGAGCUCAAAGAGAAUGACAAGGUGUGGGUACAGAUGCCCUCCGACCAAGCCAACGGGCUCUACUCCACUGAAUACAUUCACUCCUCUUUCUCAGGGUUCCUGCUCUGUCCCACAUAACGUCACCGCUCCCCCAACCCCCCAC